UGGAAGCUUUGCCUGUGCACAUCGACCGCACUUGCGGUGCCGAGCAAAGCCAUUGCUGCCGGGUUCUCAGAGUCAUGGUGACUGUGCAGUUCAGGAACGCAGUAGCUGCUUUUGCAAUGGCUGGACCAUUUUCUCUUCUGCUGCGAAGCAUUUGUCCGUGAUUGGGCUGAUUGAUAGGAUAACAUAUCCUUGCAGCCCUUAAUCACAGGUUUUCCACAGCUCCUGUUCUAGUCUGAGAGCAAACAGGGGGUUGAGGUUGUAGAUGUUCUCAUUUCUACAGUGCAGGGCUUGGAUUCGGGAAAGGGUUGUCCAGUAUUGGUCACGAUUAGGCGAUGUCGCAAACUUACCAUGGUCGUCACGCGUUCUUGAGAAAGGAUACGUUUCCGUGGUGAAAGACUGUCUGUGACACUUGAGGAUGAUCACAAGGCUGUAAGUUAGUAUCGAGCUUCCGACCUCUUCCACACCCCUGCUAACCCUUGCCACUAGCCUGGCCGUUUCUCACAGAGUCGAAGUAUCUCCAAACAAUGAAAAUGCUUAACGAAGAAUAUUUGCCAACGAGCACUGAAUCACAUGGCGAACACCAAUCUCAUUUGUUAUGGACAUAUGCUGACAUUGUAACGACCGUCCACAGGGGGAUUUUUGUGACCUACUCCAAUGUGUCUCACAAAAUAGUCACGACUGUAGCUAGUGAAUCGCUGAUGAUACUUCGGUAUGGUUGCUAAAAGCUCUAAACACGGGCCGGAGAAGUCGGUACUGAUGGAAUGCAUCCGUCAGACAAGUACAAUUGAUGAUGAACAGAAGUGCUUUCAUCCAGAUGUUCAAAGCUGUGAGUAGAAGCACACUCUGGGUGGCAAAGUUUAAAACUCGUCACUCAGCUUGCAAGAUAUUAACGAGGCAGAGAAUUUUGGGUGCGGAGCGGUGGCGAUGGAGGUCACCUACGGAAAUUUUGAAGAGCUGUUGCCUUGUAUUGAGUCGGCCAUUUCUUCUUGCCAAUUCAUUGCAAUCGAUGGAGAAUUCUCAGGCCUCACACUCACGCAUCCGCGGUACGUUGUUUGGCAACUUAAUUAAGGGUUCAGAGUUCACGGGCGUGGUAUGCUUACGAUGUUCAUGUCCUAUUAAAUGCAGAAGAGAAGAGGUCCUGGAUGAUGCCGAACAGCUUUACGCGAGAGUUAGGACAUCCGCCCAGCAUUUUCUCAUAAUGCAGUUUGGGCUGUCCGCAUUCCACUGGAAUGUUGAGGAUAGCUGCUAUCAAGCCCAAACCUUCAACUUCUACACCUUUCCGCGUUCUAAUGGAGGAUCAGACGUGCGAUUUACUUGUCAGGCUUCGUCUUUAGAUUUUCUUCGUGAGCACGGUUUUGACUUCAACAAGUUCAUAUACUCAGGUAUACCGUAUGUCACUCUUGAGCAGCUGAAGCUGGACAAAAAAUCUGAGGCGCGGGAUUCAAGAGACCCGAUUGUCUUGACAAAGGAGGAGGAUCGCAAUUUUGUUGAACAACAAUUGGAAACUGUGCGCACAUGGGUAGAACGCACUGUUGCAAGGGAGGCUUCAAGUGAAAGCUCGGAUUCAGACCCUGCCACGCUUGUAUUGGAACCCAGUAAUAGCUAUCUUCGUGCUGCUUUAUACCAACAUUUGGAGCAAGAGUUUGGCAAAUCAGAUUUCUUUGUGGAGCUUUUGAGGACCCCGGGGGCUCGUAAGUCUAGUUUGAAGUUGACGAGAGCCACAUCAGCAGUCGUUGCAGCUCAGGAAUCUGAAGUGGCUGCGAAGAGGCAAAAGCAACUGGAACGAUCUAAAGGGUUUGCGAACGUGAUGCAGUGUCUAACGACUUGCAACAAGCCGAUUGUGGGACACAACAUGCUACUAGACUUAGCAUAUCUGUAUCAGCAAUUUAUUGGAACCCUUCCUCCAACUUUAGAUGAGUUUCGGGCGCAUGUUAAGCUUCUAUUUCCAGGUGGGGUUUACGACACCAAGUACUUGGCUGAAUUCUUUCCCGUACUCCUUCCUGCUACUUCACUUGAGGAACUUCACACUUCUCUGGCACCGAAACAUGAUGAUGUGAAGGGAGAUGAAGACGUGAAAGAAAGUAACGAGGAAUUGGCGAGUAUUCCUGAUCCUGCAAAUGAUGUACAUGAUGUCAAUGGAGAGGGAUCAAUGGAACCCAGCACAGUGCAAAACCAAGAAGAAGCCCAAAGUGUGCACGUGAUUACUGCAAAUCUCUCUUCUGACUCCGGACAAUUGACUAACGUGCAAUUACCAAGAGUGGAUCAUGCUGACCAGUUUGAUCGAUACAAAAGUACAUCUGAUGAGUUAGGCCGCUACCAUGAAGCUGGAUUCGAUGCCUACAUGACCGGAACAAUAUUUUCAUGGCUUUGCAAGCUCCUUGAAGCCCGAGGAAGAAUUUGUGCUCUUGGCAGUAGUCCUGUGGACAUUCUGGCAGUAAAAGAAUAUGGAAACAGAAUAGCAGUACGGCGAUGCGACCUGCCCUUUCUUCCUCUGGAGGGCCCCAUUCCUACACCCGACCGCUCUUCCAUGUUUCUAGUAUCGUCUACCAAUGGUUUGCCGUUGCCAUCUCAAGAUGAGCUCCUGCUCCGCUUCAGCACCCUAGGUUGUCCCGUUGAUAGGGUUUUGUGGCUCAAUCAAAUGACAUGUUAUUUGACAUUGAAGGAGAAGAAGGGAGAGUUUGACGUUGCACAAGCUAUCAAGGCAGCCGAGUGGCCCUUUACAUUCGGUUCUUUCAGAAGUCCUUCUGAAUUAUAAGAGCCCCUUAUUCAGCUGUAGCACUCUCUUCUUGAGCAAUCUCAAAAUACUUGGAACUGCCGUUUCAUUUA